AUGACCAAGCCUAGCAUCAACUUCAAAGGUGACUUUGUCCAAAUCAUCGAUGGGCAAAGCGCCCCCACCAAAGAAUCUCGCCAUGGAUUAAACCCUGCAAACCUACAGGAGAUGGCCAAAGUCCCCGUAGCGACUCAACAGGAUCUCGAUCGCGCAGUCGCAGCAGCCAAGAAAGCCUUCAAGACAUGGAGAAAGACUCCUUACGAGGAGCGUCGCGAAUCUGUUCUUGCUUUUGCUGAUGCUGUUGACUCUCAUCGUGAUGAGUUCCAAGCUCUCCUCACAGCUGAACAAGGAAAGCCGAUUCCUCAAGCUGCGUAUGAGACUGACGCUGCUAUUGAGUGGAUGCGUGGCAUGGCUCAGAUUCCUCUGCCAGAGGAUGUUCUCGAAGAUACUGAGCAACGCACCAUCAUUAGCCGUUACACGCCCAUUGGAGUCGUUGCAGCUCUUGUGCCCUGGAACUUUCCUCUUUUACUUGCCACGGGUAAGAUCGCCCCUGCGCUAUUGACCGGAAACGUGAUUAUUGUAAAGCCAUCUCCUUUUACCCCCUAUGGAGGUCUUAAGCUGGUAGAGCUUGCCCAGCAGUUUUUCCCGCCUGGCGUGGUUCAAUCUCUGAGCGGCGAUGAUAAACUUGGGCCUUGGAUGACUAGCCAUCCUGGCGUUGACAAGAUCAGCUUCACAGGGUCUACAGCAACAGGCAAGGCUGUUCUUCGAAGCGCCAGCUCCACGCUGAAGCGCGUGACCUUAGAACUCGGUGGCAACGAUCCAGCUAUCAUAUUUCCAGAUGUCGAUAUUGACAAGACUGCUGAGAAAGUAGCCUUUUUUGCAUUCCUCAACUCAGGUCAGAUUUGCCUUAAUCUCAAGCGAAUCUUUGUGCACCAGAGCAUUUAUCCCCAGUUCAAAGAAGCACUUGUCAAGCAUGUCAAGAGCUAUACUUUAGGCGAUGGGUCUAAAGAGGGUGUAACACAUGGCCCGCUGCAGAAUGCUCCUCAGUUUAAGCGCGUCAAAGGGUUCUUUGAGGAUAUCCAGAAAGAGGGCUGGAACGUUGCUGUCGGCGGCAAGAUUGAGUCUUCCGAUGGCUAUUUUGUUACCCCUACUAUCAUCGACGUACCCCCUGAGACAUCUCGCAUCGUUGUUGAGGAACCAUUCGGACCGAUUGUGCCACUUCUCACCUGGAGCAGCGAGGAAGAGGUGAUCGAGCGUGCAAAUGAUACGACUAUGGGACUAGGCGCCUCUAUUUGGUGCAAUGAUAUACGUCGUGCUCACCGAAUUGCACGAGAGAUCCAGGCUGGCAAUGUCUGGGUUAACACUCAUUUUGACUUGACUCCAAUGGCAGCAUUUGGCGGACAUAAAGAGAGCGGUAUUGGAACUGAGUGGGGUGCCAAUGGUUUGAAGGGCUUUUGUAACGUUCAGACCUUAUUCCUGAACAAGAAUGUCGUCUCGUAG